AGUUGGCCCCUAUGGCCCUGAAAGUUCAUGGCAGAUUUGACAAUCCAUAAACUGGCACAUGCUCCUAAAUGCAAAGUUGCCCUGGGACUUCAUGACUGCUGGCUCAUCUUAUCAGCCAGAGGGUUUUACAGUUUGAUAUGUCUGUGUGUGUGUGCUUUCUUGCACUCGGUUGUUUAGCAACCCCUUGCGCUGGUGUGGUGUUGCUGCGCCCUACCCUGCUGUUGGCUAUUGUUUUAUAAACACGGUUAGCGUCCCCUGUUGCCGCGACAACCAGCCUCACCAUUCCCCAGAGAGGAGAAGGAGAGAGUGUAUGUGUACGUUUGGUUCAUCAGGAUUUCUUUUCCUUCUUUUCAAGGCCUUGACGUAACCCAGAGGGGCGUCUCUCUACUCAACUUGCCUCUACAUCCAUUCUCUCCCCUCCAACGUGGUGCAGCCCAAAAAGAGCCGGGAGCCAUUGCAAGAUCCCUCUUGUUCCUGACCAGUGGUGGGCAUCUCAAGUGUGGCACCAGUGGGCAGCCAUGGCAGCAGCCAUCCCUGAGCAGAAGACCGCCCAGAAGGUGCGCCUGCCCCGGCGCCGCAGCGUCAGCCAAAUCUGUCCUCCGCCACGGAGGCCAAUGACUUUGGCAGAGUUGCACCCAGGCUGUGAGAACGAGCGGCUAGGAGUGGCCCGCGAGAGCAUGCUCCAGAACCAUCUCAUCGCUAAGCCGGAGCUUGGGAAACCCCGCAGAAGUUGCUACACUCUCCCCGGCUAUGCUUUCAACUAUGGGUUAUAUUUGCAUGGGCUGGAUGGAGGCGUUGCUGAAGCCAUUGGCCACUGGAAUUCUAUGAAGCCCAAGAGCAUUCCGGAGAAGGAGAGGCCCCGCGACCAGAAGGCCUGCAACAGCCGAGCCAUCAAGGCCGGCUUUGUCACAGCACACGAGAGCAACCUGUACCGCAAGCAAAAGGACAUCCGCCUCUGCGAGGAUGAUGAGAGGCGCUUCAAGAAGACGCCUCCGAAAGUACCUGCGGACAUGACAUAUGGGCGGCCAGCACGGCCCUCCACGCCAUUCUUUGAUCUAUUGCAGCACAAAUACAAAGAGAUGUGGAUGGACGAGCAGAGAGCCAUCAUCAAAGCUGAGAAGGCAGAAAAAAAGCAGAAGAAACGCAGAGGAAAGACAUAUGACACACGCACGACGCUGUUCAGGAGAUUCCUGCCUCCGAUGCAGGCAGAUCCUCUUUGGAAAAUGCCCCACUUUCAGAAGAUAUGUCCACACCUCUCCACCUUCCAAGACAAGGAAUCGUACCAGAGGGCUCUGAAGGCCUUCCAGUCAGAAAUCCCUGUGAGGCUUGGGCCCCUGGCGCAGGGCCUUUACACCACCACUGCCUGCUAAGGAUCAUCCAGAGGAAAAAGCAGAGAAUAAAAGCUCCAAUUUCUGCACAGCCUGGGCAUCCUACUAUAAUCUUCCAUUGCAUGUUUCAGAUUUCAGGUCUAUGUUUGUAUUUGUGAAGUUGAUUAAGCUCAUAAUUGACUAAGCACCUUCUGUCUCUACAUUAAACAUUUAUUCAGUUAA